UAUUUGAUCCAUACAACUUCCGGUUUCUCUCCCAACACACUCGACAUGUUUUAUGUCAUUUGACGUUGAAGUGAAAAUGUCGCCUUUAGUCUUUUCUAUUGGCAAAAAGGCGCCACUUGCCUGUUUUGUUAUUUUACUGUUUAGCGCCACCCGGCUCGAGGCAGCCCCCCCUGGGAGAAGAGGCGACGUGGGGGCAACAGGACGGUUCUGGCACAUCACUGACCUGCACCUGGACCCCAGCUACCACCUGGCGCCAGACCCCACCAAGGUGUGCUUCUCCUCCAAAGGUGAGCCCGCCUCUGAUGCUGGCCCGUUUGGAGCCUUCCCGUGUGACUCACCUUACAGGCUCAUCCAGUCCGUCUUCCUGCACAUGGAUCACCUCGUACAGCCUGAAGACUUCUUCAUUUGGACUGGAGAUAGUCCGCCUCACGUUCCUGUAGAUGAACUCUCCACAGAGAUGGUCAUCCAGGUGAUGAGCAACAUGACGCAAACCAUCCGCCAGCACUUCCCAAACAUCACUGUCUAUCCAGCUGUGGGAAACCACGACUACUGGCCGCAGGAUCAGAUGCCAACCUCCACAAACGACAUCUACAAGGCGGCCGCCCGCUUGUGGAAGCCUUGGCUGCAGACAGACGCGCUGCAAACACUUCGGGAAGGUGGCUUCUACUCUCAGCUGGUCUAUCCUGGCCUGCGAGUGGUCAGCGUGAACAGCAUUCUCUACUACGGUCCUAAUGAAGCCACCGCCAACAUCAGCGACCCAGCGGGACAGUUUGAGUGGUUGGAGGACACCCUGAAGAGAGCUGAACAGCGAAUGGAGAAGGUCUUCAUCAUCUCUCACGUCCCAAUCGGCUUCUUGCCCUUCGCCAGGAACACCACCGCCAUCAGAAAAGCUGACAACGAGAGGCUGGUCGACAUUUUCAGGGCGCACAGUAGUGUGAUCGCUGGACAAUUCUAUGGCCACACCCACAGAGACAGCAUCAUGGUGCUUCUGGACCAGAAAGGUAAGCCGGUGAAUUCUGUCUUUGUGUCUCCAGCUGUGACGCCCUUUAAAGACGUCUACAGGCCUUACUCCAACAACCCAGCGGUGCGCUUGUAUUUAUAUGACACGGACGAUUUUGGAAUUUUGGAUAUCUGGCAGUAUUAUCUCAACCUGACUGAAGCCAACCUCAAGCAAAGAGCUGACUGGAAGCUGGAGUACACCAUGACGGACACUUUUGGCGUGACGGACCUGCGGCCCGCCAGUCUGCUCCAGCUGGCUUUGAGCUUGUGGUUGCCGCCCACCUCCACCUUCGACACCUACUAUUCUCACUUCAUAGUCAGCUACAACAACCAGCUGCUGUGCAGGGCUGAGUGUAAGGUCAGCCAGCUGUGCUCCAUGCUCUACCUGGACCAAGCCUCCUACUCCAUAUGUGUGACACAACAACAACAACAAAAACUGCUUGUGAGCAACCCUUCAUCUAACAAACCACUUUAAAAUCAACAUAAAUCACAUUUUAUUUACAAAGCUGCUUCUUCAGCAAUCAUGACAGGCAAAACACCCCACAAAUAAUUGUUCAUUAUUAGUGACAUAAUAUAUCAAUUAGUUACAGGAGCAGUGUUGGUCAUACUUAAAGUCCUAUGUCCAGGGACGUAUUUCCUGAGUUUAUAAACAAAAACAAAAAUUACAAAAGAUUGGGGGGGUUGUGCAUCGACACACUAGAGCAUGAACUGUAGAAUCAUCUAUACCAGUUAUUCUCAAGCUAGUGGUACACAGGUUACAUCUAGUGGUAUGUCAAAGAAUCAAAAUAUUUUAUGUGCAAUUAAUUUGAUUUGAUUCAUUAUUUAAGUACAGUGUUUUAUUUUCCUGUAUUCAAACUUGGUGUUACUGUUCAAACUGUGUGCAAUGUUACAGUGGCCAAAAAUAUUAAAUAUACUUGCUAAUAACUACGCUACUGUAUUUAUAGUCAUUCUUGAGUUGAGUUUGUGUUUAUUUCGAACAUGCAUGCAUACAACAUGAUACAUCACAAUUUCCAGUUUCUCUUUUCUGGUAUGCUGGUAGUACUUGGAGAGAAAAUUAUUUUCUGAGGUGCUAUAGGUGAAAGAAGUUUGAGAACCACUUACAGACACUCUUGUCUGGAUUUAAAGGCCAUUUCAGUAGUAGGCAGACCCUUCUACCUACCCAGAGAGGUCACUGCUGUAAUUCUAACAGUUUACAUAUCACUCCAAGCGAAGUUUAGCUUGGGUCUCUUCCUACAGUAUGAUGCUAUCGACAAGAUCCAACAUCCAGAAGGAGCCUUUGUUUUGGAUGGGGACUUUGGCAAAACCUACAAUAUGUUGAAUUUGUUUAUGUAAAAAAAAACAACCCUCAUUUUAAUGUGUGGCCAAUGCGCCACGACCAAUUACAUGUAGGGGAAAUCCUGUACAACAUUUGGGAGCUGUGUGGGUGAUGACAUUACAGAG